AUGCAAAAUACAAGUCAUGAGAAGCCAGCGGCCGUGACCGUCGCAGCCCCAGAUUCGUUCGAGAUGCUUGAAGCAGAUCCAGCUGAAAAAGCGCAAUCUGGCCCCGGAACACUAGAAAAGACUUGCACAGUUGAAGGGUCUCUAAUGAAACAAGGAGGCCGCCAAAUCCCCGUCUUAUAA